UCUCUUCCUGCCUAUCUUGCGGAUUCUUGUGUGGAGUCGUGGAUUUCGGGCUUGAUUCCGGCUGGAGGAAGCAGAUGUUCUUCGGGAGCGCUGGAUUCCUCUCAGCCGGAAGGAAAUGCUGGUGUGAUUCGUGAGUAGAGCAGAAAUUUGCUGGCUGGAAGAUUAUUUCGGGGAAUUAAAGGGUUGAGGGCUUGCUUUCCUAUUUGCUCUUCUUUUUUUAGCUUUGCAUAGAGUGGAUUGUAAGCUCCUCCGGCAUCUUGGGCGAUGAAUGCUGCGAGCAUCCUAGAAUUGUCUAAACUUUGCUUGUCGCGGACUUCUCCUCAAAUCUUGCGAAACAAUCGAGCUGCCGCGCUCUUCUCACUGACGAGACGCGGAAGAAUUCUUUUCAAAGAGACUCCGAGAUGCCACCGUCAGCGAUGCAAGAUGUUUUUCCCUCGACGCCAGGCAAGGUGAAGAUGGAGAGAAACAACUACUUUGGACGAGUUUCCAACAGAUGGCAUUCUUCCGGGUCGGGGAGGUAUUUCUUCUGGAUGUUUGUUUCGGUAGCGCUUAUGUUCUAUGCGUUCUUCCACAUAUCGGCUCCACCGGCAGUCCAAACAGGAUUGGAAUCCAGGCACUUUGGGAACAGGGCCUUAGCUUGGGGGGGAUCGAAAUGGGAGAAGCAAGUCAGACACUCUGCUCGGACCAAGAGAGAAAACGGGAUGGUAGUUUUAGUCACAGGCGCUGCUGGCUUCGUCGGCACUCACGUAUCGCUGGCUCUCAAGAAACGGGGUGACGGUGUGGUCGGACUGGACAACUUCAACAGCUACUACGACCCUUCACUCAAGCGAGCAAGGCAGGAGCUUCUGGAGAAGCAGUCGGUCUUCAUUGUCGACGGGGACGUGAACAACUCGGAGCUCCUCGCCAAGCUCUUCAGCAUGGUUUUGUUCUUUCAUUUUAGGAUUUUGGUUUAAAUCUAACUUUUGCAUUGUCUAGA